GGGGAGUCCAACUUGCGAUCACCUUACCAGUUGGUUGGUGUCUUCUGUCUUUCUUAACACGGACUUAAAGCUCACAAGCGCCUGUCCCAACAAUCUCGACUAUCCGUGACGUAACGUUGACGUCAUUUCCCGUCCUUGGAGUUCUCCGAGAGGAUUGUGGUGAGUCGGGAUUUCAGUGGAGGGAAGCAAGCGUGUUGGCUGUGGACGGGCAUGGCUCCGAACGGACUGACCUUGCCUCUGGGGCUGCCAUGGCUCCUUCUCGCCACGCUUCUGGGCUCGGCCGCGGCCAGCAGCCGUGAGGCGGGUUACAUGGCGGUCGCCCCCAUGGUGUUCAGACCUGGUGUAGAGGAAGUCAUCAGCAUCACGAUGUUUAACGUCACCAGUCCUGUCCAUGUGGAGGCCACUGUGCACAUCAACAGGGCCAGUGUGGCUUCUGCCGCGGAAACAAUCACAGGAAAAGGAAGUUUACGUCUCAAGGUACCCCAUGACGCAAAAGGCAAGGCUACAUUAAAGGUGUGUGGAAACUGCGCUCAAGCUGCCAGGGUCGGGGAAAAGGAAGUUUUCUUCUUCCACAACUCCACGUCGGUUAUUAUCGAGGAGAGGGGGUCGGCUGUCUUCAUACAAACGGACAAACCCGUAUACAAACCCGGGCAAACAGCUUUUAUCAACGUGAUUACAACAACCCCAAACCUGCGGCCACUGGACGCUGGGAUGGAGGCAUACAUAACGGAUCCACGAGGGUCAAAAAUGAUCCAGUGGAGGGACCUAAAGCCAGUUUGCUGUGGGGUGGUGAACAUGAGUUUCCCCAUUUCGGACCAGCCCAUUCUGGGGGACUGGACCAUUUUUGUGGAGGUGCAGAGACAGACGUACAACAAAACAUUCAGUAUUCAGAAAUAUGUUCUGCCCAAGUUCGAGGUCAUCAUCGUGCCUCCCAAAUACAUCGUAGACUUGGACAGGUGUGAGCAGGUGAACAUCACAGCCAGGUACACUUUUGGCCAGCCUGUGCAGGGGAAGCUGACUGUCAGUACCACCAUCCAUGGCAUCGGCUACUACAAGGAUGAGAUUGGACCCACUGUCCUCAACAGCAUGGACAUUGACGACACAGCGUCAUUUAACGUUUGUGCCAACGCCAUGGGAGUGUCCACCCUGUCUGACCAUUUCCGGGGCGUGCUGGUUGUCGAGGCAACAGUAACCACGGGUGACGGGAGCACGCAGACCGCCGUGGACGACUCCACUCCUGUCAACAAGCAGCUGAUUGACAUUGAGUUCUCUCCUGACACCAGGAGACACUUCAAGCCAGGUCUGCCUUACAUUGGGAAGGUCCUUGUGAGCUAUCCUGAUGGCAGCCCAGCCAACAACAUCACCGUACAAGUCAAGGCUGACGUCAACAGGGCAUUCUUCUACACCAAGGAGUUUGUGUCCACUGAAGGCAUGAUUAUCUUUGACAUCCCGGCCCUUCCAAACAUCGCACAAAACGUCUGGCUCGAUGCAAAAGUGUUGGCAAUCCAAGGCCGUGAGGUCGGUGAGAGUUACUUCAGCUCGUACCUGUCCAUCAGUAACUGGUACUCCCCCAGCAAGUGUCACAUCCAGGUGCAGAACCCUCCAAAAAAAGUCCAGGUUGGUAAGAAAGCUGUUCUGACAGUGCUGUCCACUUGUCCAUGCGACUUCACACUGCAUUAUGAGGUGGUCUCCCGGGGCAACAUUGUCCAGUCUGGCUUACACAGAGCACUCCCCGACCAUGUUAUCAUCAGAAGAGAUGCAGAAGAGAACCCAGAAUCUCUAGAACAGCAGGAUGAAGCUGCAGGUCAGGAAAAUGAAGAGUGGAGAGAAGAUAAGAAAGGAAAAAGACAGGAAAGAAAGAGAGGACAUCGGAGGAAACAUCCCAAAGAUAUUGUGGAGGAGUUACAAGUCAAGGUGGAGAGAACAAAGAAUGAAGAUGGAGAGGAGGAGGAGGGAAAGGAUGAUGAUGAUAACAGGACCAGGAUCCUGGAGGAAGGUGUGAUCAAGUUCAUCAAUGGUACCAACAGACAAGACACUUCCACUGACCCCCCUAUGGAGAUGCCCGAGGUGUGCGAGACCAGGAUACAAGUGUUGGUGACCCACGCAAUGGCGCCCCUCAGCAGAGUUGUUGUGUACUACAUCCGGCCCAACGGUGAGGGGGUGGCAGACAGCAUGCAGCUUGAGGUGGAGCCUGAGUUCGAGAGUAAGGUUGUUCUGUCCUUACCGUACAAUGAGACCCUACCAGGUGACAGAGUGGACAUUGCUGUGAAGUCCAAGCCUGGGUCGUGCGUGUGCAUGGCCUCCGUGGACAGGAGUGUCUAUCUGCUACGGCCUGGCUUCCAACUCACCAAGGAAAUGAUUUUUCGAGAACUGGAGACCUUUGACGUGACCCAUGGCGAGACUGACGAGCGGUUCUGGUGGGGAUACUCCGCUCGCAAGAAGAGGUCCUCACUGUGGCUGAACUUUAUACACUCCAGGGAUGCCAUGUAUGCAUUUAUGGAAACAGGUCUGCAGGUGAUGACAGACGUUGUAAGCCUGAACCAUCGACAGGACCCCAGUAACUGGAUACAGUCAGAACUGAUGCAGUCCGUUAGCUCCUUCACCAUGUCUGUCUUCCACGACGGAGUUCCGAAGGCUGAGAAACGUAAACGGGUCUUCUUCCCAGAAACAUGGAUAUGGCAAUGCUUUAAUGUCAGCUCAACUAGGAAACACGAGACCGUUACCAUGACGACACCGGACACCAUCACCAGCUGGGUAACAGAGGCCUUCUCCAUGUCGGAGACCCACGGCCUCAGCCUCGCCGCGCCCAUCACACUGCGCACCUAUAAGCCAUUCUUCGUGGACUUUACUCUCCCGUACUCCGUGGUACGCGGGGAGCAGGUCAAGAUACCACUGUCCAUCCACAACUACCUGGAGUACUGCACCGAGGUGCACAUGACCGUGAAGGUGCCUUCAGGUGUGUCCUUCCUGAAUCAGAAGACAGGUAAACAGCUGCGAAAGGUGUGCGUGGGCCGUAACCAGGUGGAGCACACCUCGGUUGCCAUGGUGUUUGAAGAACUUGGAAACAUGGAGAUCACAGCCUAUGCUGAAGCGUUUGUGGACCAGCGGUGCUGUGAAGGUGAAAGGUCAGACGCGUGGGACAGCGAACCAAACGUCAGGGUCGGGCUGGAUCACGUGGCUCACAAGAUAGCAGUGGAGGCUGAGGGAACUCAGAAGUCCUACACUCACAGUGUUUACUUUUGCCCAAAUGAAAGAAUCCACAUUUCAACUCCCAACAAGUAUGAAUACCAGUACGUUAAAAAGCCCACGGAGACAACCAUAUUCACCUUUGCUACAAAAGCCAGCAACGACGUCCAUUUAUCGCUGUCUGCAAGGCCGACCGACAUGCCCAGUAUGUAUGAGAUUGUGAUUGGUGGCUGGCAGAAUACGCAGUCCUGGAUUACAAGGUCUAAACAAGGAGACCACCUGGUAACAGUCCCCACCCCAGAGAUCCUGUCAUGGCACGAGUUCCGAGCUUUCUGGUUGUCCUGGACUGAUGGAGUUAUUGAGGUUGGAUAUGGAAUUCAGCCCACUAAUGACUCCCUGAUCAUGACCUGGGUUGACCCUGAGCCACUGCCUGUCAAGUACAUCGGCUUCUCUACCGGCUGGGGGUCACUGGGAGAGUUUAAGAUAUGGAGAAGGGAGGAUACAGACGGUACAUACAGUGAGGUGUUCCACCUCGGGCUGCCACUCAACACCAUUCCAGGGUCAGAGAGGGCACAUGCCACCAUGAUAGGUGAUGUCAUGGGCCCCACCCUGACGAACCUCCAUGACCUCCUGAAGCUGCCGUUUGGGUGCGGUGAACAGAACAUGAUCCAUUUUGCGCCCAACGUGUUUGUGAUGAAGUACCUGGAGAGGACAGGGCAGCUGUCCUGGGAGGUGGAGGAGGAGGCAACAACCUACCUGGUCAAAGGGUACCAGCGCCAGCUGACAUACCGUAGGAAGGAUGGAUCUUACAGUGCCUUCGGGAACAGGGAUUCUCAGGGAUCCAUGUGGUUGACAUCGUUUGUGCUGAAGUCGUUUUCCCAGGCUCGUUCCUUUAUCUACAUCGACCCCGUGGAACUGGAGAAGCCUCGGGAGUGGAUCAUAUCCCAGCAGGCCCCUGAUGGGUCCUUCCCUCCGCUGGGGCAGCUCAUCAACAAGGACCUACAGGGGGGUUUACAGGGCCGCGUGUCACUCACGGCCUAUGUGGUAACCACCCUGCUGGAGAUGGGUAUCAGCAGCAAGGAGGUUAACAAGGCCAUCAACUACGCCCGUAAGUUUCUGGAGGAGAAUAUGAACACAGUGGAGGAUCCCUACACGGCAGCUCUGGUGGCCUACGCUCUCACUGCACUGCGCAGCACACACGGGCCCACAGCUGUGAAAAAACUCAAUACCAUGGCUAUAAAGACAGACAGUUUCACCCACUGGAGUCUGUAUGGGGGUCAGGAGGAAACAGAGAAGAUUCUUCAGUUCAAGGAUGGACUGGGGCAGUCAGUGUCCUCUGCAGAGGUCGAGAUGACAGCCUACGCCCUCCUGACCUACGUUGCCAUGGGAGAUGUGGCCUCCGCCAUGCCUGUUGUAAAGUGGUUGUCACAGCAACGGAAUUCCCUUGGAGGGUUUUCCUCCACUCAGGACACCUGUGUAGCACUGCAGUCCUUGUCAGAAUAUGCCAUCCUGGCAUACAUCGGAGGUGUAAACUUGAACAUCUCACUGGCUUCCACCAACCUGGAUUUCAACCAAUUCUUCUCCCUGGACUCUGAGAACCAUGAGGUGUUACAGACUGCAGAGAUCCCCAGUAUCCCCACCCGACUGUUUGUGAGUGCUAUCGGUGAGGGCUGCGGACUGAUGCAGAUUGACGUCACCUACAACAUCCCCGACCCCAGCACCCAGCCGACCUUCCACCUCGACAUCAAAACAUCCGAGAAACUUCGCCACAGAGACAGGGUCCAGGGUCGCAGCAGGAGGUCUGAGAAUGAGGUCAACAAUAUCAUCACCAACCCAGGUGACUACAAGGUCACCAUCGAGGCUUGUGCAAGAUGGCUGCCUCCUGGUGCAUCCAACAUGGCGGUUCUAGAGGUCUCACUGCUGACUGGGUUUGAGGCUGACAUAGAAAGCCUGGAAAAGCUCCUGCAUGACCAGCAGGCCACUGUGAAGAGAUAUGAGGUGGAUGGAAGGAAGGUCUUCUUCUACUUUGACGAGAUCCCCAGCCAAUGUCUGACUUGUGUCACCUUUGAAGCAUUCCGGAUCUUCGUAGUAGGGAAAGUGCAGCCUAUGCCAGUCAGGGUGUAUGACUACUAUGAACCAAGUUUUGAAGCCGUGACCUUCUACAACAUAAGUCAGAGCCAGCUGCUACAGACUGCUCUGUGUGAGGACGAGGCAGAAUGUAAUCAGGUGAACUUGGAUGUCCUUGACACAGCCAAGGAAAAUGUACUGGAUUUACCCAGCCUGGAAUGUAACUCUGUGUUUGGCUGUCCAUCAGAAGAUAUCCCACGAUGCACCUGCUACAAGGACUGCCAGAGUACUGGACCACAGGUGUGUGGUUCUGAUGGUGUCCUGUACCCAAACCGCUGCUCCAUGGAGGUGUCUGCCUGUCAGAACCACACCCAUCUGCAGGCCAUACCCCUGGAGGAGUGUGCUGCAUACUCCACAGAGCAGCCCAGCAUAGACCCUGCAGAAGGAUCUGGGGACAAUGGCUCAGAGAUUUUUCUUCAGGGUAAUUCCUCCUCAACACAUUUUGAAGAACAGGCAACUGUCUCCCCUGACAACCUGGAUUUCCCCACCUUGCCUGUUGUGGAGGAAGAUGCUACCUGGCAACCAGAUUUAGAGGGAAAGAUGCUGAACCCUGAAUACUGGCAGCCAGCUCCAGGCUACAGCUAUUACGACACCUAUGAUGAUUCUUUCAAUAUCGGUGAAGAGGUUGACAUACCCGACUUCACUAUGGGAGGAGAAAUGAUUUAUGCAAGUGAAGAAAAAGACUCUCAGCUCAUGCAUGAAAAGACAGCUGAGGGCCAUGAGUCAGCAGAAGAUUUAGCAAAACAACAGGACAAAGAAGAAGGAUCAUCUCAGAAAGGAAACUCUAGCCUCAUCAUCUCUAGGGAAGAAGUGACAGGAGGACAGAUGGAGAAUCCAGGCAUCAAGUCUCAUGGCAAAGAUGAGGAGACUGAGAGGGAAUCCCGAGGACGGGCCAGUGAUGAGAUGUCAGAGAUUGAGGACCUGUGGGUGGACCGGCUGGACCUGGACUGGAGAACUGAUGAAGAGAGUGCACAAUCUGGACCAGAGGAAGAAGAUAUGGCACUAGGGAACUCUGGAGGAGCUGACGACAUUGCCAACCUGCAAGAGGAGAUACAGAAGUUUGAGGAGGGGAAUCAGAAGGAAGCUGAGACAAAACAACACAAACACAGACAUGGCAAGGGUGGAGACAGGGGAAAACAUAAACAGUCAGGUCAGGACAAGAAGAAUCAGAGCAUUGAAAGCCAAGAGAAGAUUGGUGACCUGGAUUCUGUGUGGCUGAAGUUUGUUCAAGAUGAAGUCAUGGAUGACAGGGACCAGUCUGAAGAGAGACAAGAGCCAGAUAUGAUACACAAGAACAAGUCUGCUGAAAACACAGAUGAUAAGGAACGCAAAGAACUGGAAUUUGAAGCACGGGAUGAGGCAGAGACAAGUACAGAUACAAGAAAAGAUGAUUCAAUCAAUGCAGAAAAAGAUGUGAAAGAAUCAGAAAGUGAGGAAUCUCUGGACAAUAAUGAGGACACUCAAGAAGAAACCACCGAAGAUGUAGGCCCUUUUAGAGAGGAAAGAACUGAUACUGCAGAAAAAGAUCUGUCAAGGGUUUCAACACAUGAAGACAUGUUUGAAGGAGAGGAUGAACUGGCUAGUUACCUUGAAGAUGAAGAAGAGAAGAGUAGCAUGGGGGAGGAAUCCAUGGAUUGGGAUGACUUCUCUGAGUUGGUGAGGCAGCCUACCAAGGACAAUGAAACAGAUGUGAUGGGCGGUGAGGACAGUUUGGAGUGGGAGAAAUUCUCCAAGCUCAUCAGUGGUUUAGCCGGAGAGACGGAAAAUUUCACAGCCAAUGAUGGAGGGAUGGAAAUGGGCAUUGACAGCAAGUUGGAACCAUUCAACAAGGACCAAAGUGAAGAGGACAUCAGAGAAGAUGAGGAAUAUGCCAUAAUGGAGACUAUGGAAGGACCAGGCACCGAAAGCACCAAGUAUGACACACACUCUACAACAGCAGUGCUUGUGCCUCAUUCCCUGUUUGAUCCAGAAACAGAACAGGAUACCCUUGGGAGCAGCCAUGGUGAUGUCACCGUCCCCACCACACAACAAACUGUCACCAAAACCGAACCAGUCUCAACACAACCAGACAGACAACCAGACAGCAGCCAGGUCAAGGACCAAAGGUGAAAGGUCAACCAAUGACCCGUUUCCUACAGUUCAAGAUGUCUCCUUCCAAAAUAUGUAUAAUUGCAGAUGUGGUAGUUUCUAUGGGAAACACUGUACACUUUGCUCAAGGAGGAAAAUAGAAGUGUUUUCAUGUACACAUGAAAAUUCAUUGUCACAAACACUAUCUGAUUUAGCUUUAUGGUACACUUUCCCUCUCCUUGUGUUCCAUUCCAUGCCAUUGGACACUGGCCAACUAUAUAUCUCUGAGCUAUGGCCAUCAUUCAAAGAUGACUGUUGUAGUAAACUAAUGGUGCCAGCUGUCAUACAUGUGUAGAGAAUUUAUAGGGGUACCAACAUGGAGGCAGAUGCAGCUAUUUGCAUGUCUGUGAAUUUUAGCUCAAGCUAUUUUGCGAGUCUGUUGUUCUGAACCUCAGAAAUAGCCUCCAUCAAGUGUGUGUACCUCACAGAAAAGAAUACCAGCAUCAGACUUGAAAAAGUGUCAUCAAUAAUUGAAAGAAAUUUCCUUGAAAUGCAAGUCAAGGACACCAUAUUGGCAGUCAGCACCAGUGGUUUGGAAAAUGAGUGAAAAUGCUCUGUUGGGUAAUAUACUGUAUGUAGAGCAAAAGUGCUGGUACUGUUUUAAUGCAAUGGUUACCUUCAUAGGCCAAUAGCAAGCAGGAUACUCUUUAAGUAUGAAUCUCAUUACUAGCCUACAUACAUCUCCAUAUAGCUUUUUGUCCAUUCCCCAAAAGCCCUCAUAGUCUAUGCCUGUGUGACCAAUAAUGUUUGAAUGUCUUAAUAAAAACAGAACUGUUUUAGGGUCAUUAUUGCUGUACAUGUAUGCCAUCUACUUCAAAUGAAUGUUAUUCAGUGCCAAGUUACCUCAGUUUAACUGAUAUCAGGUUAGGUACUUUUAUCUCAAAGGACUGUAGUAAUAGAUCCAUGAGUACAGCACAUACUUGAAAUAUUUAAUUUAUACUGUAACCAUUCCAACUUGUAACCUAUUCAACAAGACAAUUAGAGAACCUUGUAGUAUAGAGGUGUAAAUUUCAUGGUUAAAUGUGAAUUGGUUAAGGGUGUCAUUACAAAGAUGAUGGAACAUUUUGUUAGGAAUAACAUGACUGUAAUGUAUGGUUCAAUUUGUCAAUUUGUUUUGGAAUAGUUUCAAUAUACAAGUAUCUGUAAAUCUACUGAGCAUUGAGUUAUUUCCUCAGCAAAAAGUGCUUUGUAAAGCAAUUGGUCAGUAUUGAAAAUGUUAGAAAAAAAAAAGAAGUGUUAAAAAGAUUACUAGUCUUUACAUGUAUAGUCAGUUAAAUUUCUAUACUGCAUGGAACCUUAGUUUGGUCCUAAGUGUAGUAAAUGAUUGUAUUUAGACCUUUUGGUUGUUGAAUGUUAGUUGUCCUUAUGAAUUAGGCCAUGUUGAUUUGAUUUUAUGGAUGACAUAUACACGCGCAUCAAUUUUUGGCCAUACCAAAACAAAAAUUAAGAAUUUAUUGUCCAGAAUAUUUCAUUCUGUGUGUUCCCAGAGGAUGUCAUCAAUGUAAUCAAACCAACAUGGCCUUACCAACUUCUGUUUGCUGUUUUAAACUUACCAUGUGUCAAAGAAUGUCCAUAACUCUUACUUGACCAAUGAACAUUCACCAAGUAUUAACAUUCCAUAUUACUACUGCUAAAACCAUUAUCAUGGCAUUAUUCCUGAAGAAAAAGGUACACUUUUUGGACCAUUUCUAUGUAGAUAGGAUGUAUUAUAAUUGAAAACAUUCACAGAAUUCUAGCCAAGAUUUUUAUGUUAUUCUCUGUUGAAUCAAGCAUUACCCUUAAUAUUUGUAGCAACAUUAGAAUUUUUGUCGCUGUAGAUAGAUUGGAGAAGCAAAACAUAGGGAAAUACAUGUUUAUCACCAGUUAGAUAUCAUGUCAUGUCCAAGCUCAAAAAGCCUGCAUCUCGACAUUUUAACAAUGACUUGUGUAAAUCACGUGAAGCUUCAUAUAACCCUGCUAUCAUAGAUCUCUAAAGGCUUCUCAACUUGCCUCAGAUGAUUUCAGCAGAUUCUCAGGCAGAAAUGUAAAAAUCUUGAUGCAUAAUGAUGAAAUUUUUCUUUCAGUGCUUUCACUAACUUGUUCUAAGAACAAGUUAUAUUUUUUACUAUCAUCAUGCAGACUAACUUAAUAUCAUAUUAAAAUACUAUAAUCUCUUUCAGGUUACCUUUGAAUUACAUUGUCUGGAAGCAUGCUUUUUAAAAGAGUGAAAUCAAAAGCAAUGGAAAAGUUUGGUAAAAUGGGUGCAAGAUCGUAAAAUAAGGAAGGUGGGUGCUUGGUUGAGUUCUUCAACUGGAAUUCUAGAUAAGAAUACUUGUAGUUUUCAUGAGGUGUUUGACAUUCUUAACAAGAAUGAUUAUUAAGUAUACCUUAGACAUACACAUGUACGUGUACAUGUAGCAAAGUUACAGUAACUGUUAUGGGACAUAAUGAAGUGAGCACAAAGAUCACUGACACUGUAGAUAAUUUCAAUAUGUACAUGAUCAAUAUUUUUUAUACAAAAUUAAGUGUUAAGAUAAUACACAAUAAACCAUCCAUACUGAUUAAGAAA